AUAGUUUCAGUCUGAGCCAGAACGAAGACCAUAUUGAAAAUUCUUUCUCAUCGUUUCUCUUCCGUUUGCACGUGGUUGAAAAACCAAGAUGCCGUCGCAUUUAAAUUGGAUGAUAAUUCGUAACAACAAUGCCUUCUUGCUCAAGAAGCGCAACAUUAAUAAGCCGUUCUCUACGGAAUCUAACAACUUGACAAAUCUGAGUAGUUAUCGUUAUUCUGGGUUGAUCCAUCGUAAAAGUGUAGGUGUUAUUGACACACCUGACAAAAAGGGAUUCACUGUUGUAUACAAGAAAGCUAAAGCAGUUAAUAAACCUGCUAAAGCUACUGUAAAGAGCACAAUGAAAGCUGGAGCUCGUCGUUCUCUUCAUAAGUUGAAGACUUUGCUUACAGCAAACAAAUACCGUGUAGACCUUACUAAGGCUGCACUGCGACGAGCUAGCGCUGUGCUACGUUCCCAGAAACCUCUGCCUGCUAAGAAGACACGAACAGCUAAAAAGGCUGACUAAUUUGUAUACUUUAAUAAAUAUGUUUUGACGUAAU